GUCAUUUUGCAGCUUUCCUUACAACUAAAAAGCCCUUUUUGUGUCUCCAAAAUAGCUGCUGUCUUUCCUCUGACUGUUAGAUUCAGAAGAUUCUCCGGCGAACCUAACUCUCCGUCGAAGCUGAGACUUGGAGAGAUGUUUCUAACUCAAGCUACCUUCUAACAGAGGUUAUUUUUGACUUAAGGGACAACUUUAUCUAUAAGCUGGAGAAAUGUCCAAAGAGGUUGAAGAUAGACACGCUUCUUCUACUAACCUUGUUGCUAAACUAAUGGGUCUAGACACCACAGCUGCACCACGUAGCAGCAGAUCCAGAAGCUCCUCGUUGGAAAAUCAUAGAGAACUCGAACAUGGGUAUGAAAGGUGGGUAUCACUGCCUCAUCUUUCAAGGAAAGGGCAGUGUGAUGAUGAUGCAAGUAUGAGUGAUAGUAAAAAGCUGGAUCUUGUUCGUAGAAAGUUCAUGGAAGCCAAACGCAUUGUAUCAGAUGAUAAGCUUCACAAGUCCAAGGAGUUCCAAGAAGCUCUCCAUGUUUUGAGUUCUAACAAAGAUUUGUUCGUUGAGCUUCUCCAGGAAUCUAAUUCCUUCUUUUCUCAUGAUCUCCCCGACUUUCACCCUGUAUCUAUUCAUCCAGAGGCUAAUAAGCGAAUUACAGUACUGAGACCUUCAAAGGCUCAGAAGUGUGUGGUUCCAGAUAGCAAGAUCGAUGCUGCUCAGCCAACUCGAAUAGUGGUCCUGAAGCCUAGCCCAGGGAAGGCUCUAGAUAUUAAGGCUAUUGCUUCUUCAUCCUUUUUUGAUGAGGCUGCAGAUGCUGAGACUAGACAAGUGGCUAAGGAAAUUACACGCCAAAUACGUGAAACUUUCAGAGGGCACUGCAGGAACGAGACUGUUUCAUCGUCUUCUUCUUAUUCUGUCUUGUCCAAUGGCUAUAUCUGUGAUGAUGGUUCGUUAAACGCAGGAAGCUCUGAGAUCAUGUCACCAUCCUCUAGGCAUUCAUGGGACUGUGGGAAUAGGUUUGAGACUCCUUUCUCUUCCUCUUCAUUCAGACGAGUCUCGUUUUCUCCAGAGUCAUCUGUCUACAGAGAGGCUAAGAAACGGCUUUCUGAAAGAUGGGCAAUGAUGUCCCUAAACGGAGACACACAACAAGAGCAACAAAAAGACCUCACAAAGGCCUCCACGGCCUUAGGCGACAUGCUUGCUCUUUCGGAGACAAAAGUACCAACCAGAUUCAGUGGAGAGAGCAACAAAGCUAAACAAGAAUCGAGAAGAUCAGUUUCAUGCAUAGGCAGUGGUCUAGAUCAACCUAUGAAUACCCUUGAAAGGUCAAAAUUAGUCCCUGAGAUUAGACUCAAUGGUGAAGCGUCCGUUUCUGGAACUUCAAAAGCACAAGCUCACCGAGAGCUUACCGAGUCAAGAAGCUUAAAAUCAUCAUGGAGAGUUCCAAGCUUGUUCUUCUUCAGGAAUAAGAAAGCAAACAAGCAGAAGCCUGAUCCCCUGUCUCAACUGCCUAAGCCCACUGGUGCAUUACAACGACAAAGCUUAUUUACAAGCGAGGGAGAAGUGACUAUACUGAAUGAAAACCAGGACCAGCCGAGUCCAGUUUCGGUUUUACAGCAGCCUUUUGACGAGGAGCAUGUGGGAAUUUCAGAAUGUUAUGUGUCAACCAAGCCAUGGACCACUCAAGGAGAAGAAAUGUCUCUGAAAUCUAGUCUGAUCGACAAAUCACCUCCAAUAGGAUCAAUCGCUCGUGUUUUCUCAUGGGAAGAUGAGUCAUACACAGACAUAACUAAACCUGGAAAUGGAAUCAAGGAAGAUGAAGACUGGUACUACUUCAUCAAAACGCUCUUAAAAGCAUCUGGUUUCAGUGGCAGUGAUCCGCUUAUGACCCGAUGGCACUCACCAGAUACCCCUUUGGACCCAUUAUUAAGAGACAAGUUUGCCAACAAGGAACCCAUCAAACGCAGGAACCAGCGAUCAAACCGCAAGCUUGUUUUUGACUGCGUCAAUGCCAUCAUAACGGAGACAACAUCAGCAGCUGCACGCACUGGCUUGGCCUCUGGAUUCGACAUGGUGGAACAUGUUUGGACAGAGUUUAAGGAGUGGAUGGUUCAGGACUCUAACAACUUGGAAGGAGAAAGUUUGGUGAGGGAAGAGGUGGUUGGAAAAAUGUGGAGUAAUAAUCUGCAAGUGGAAGUGAACAACUUGGGGAUUGAAAUUGAAGAAAUGUUGUUGCAAGAGCUUGUUGAGGAGGCAGUCUUUGAUCUUACUCGAUGAAACAUUGUAUAUAUGCAUUCAUAAAAUUUACUAUUUAUGCAAGUGUUAUGAAAUAGUUUUAACCACUAGUAUUAUACAUUUACAUCCUCUUCGGAUGCCCAAUUCAAAUAUUAAUUUACAUUUUGC